GAGAGAGAGAGAGAGAGAGAGAGCGAAAGGGAGUUCUUCUUUGUUACUGUGCAAUGUUUUCAAGCUUUGUUAAUGGCGUCGUGAUUGUCGGGAUUCAGAGAGGAGCCGAGCCUCUCUGAACUUCCCCGUCUUUUUUCUUUUCUUUUCUUUUCUUUCCCGGCUCUCUGGUUAUAUCGUUUUGGAGGUCUCUGGAAAGAGAAAGAAGCAACGAGAAAAGAAAGUCGUCGGGGAAGUGAAAUUGAAGGGAGAAUUAAAAAAAAAAAAGGGAAAGAGAAGAGGUUUCGGGAAAUGGAUUAUAAGUCGUUUUCGGAGUUGAUUUGGUUUGAUCAGUUUACUUACAGUUUCUGAUUGGUCGCUUUUCUUUCAUUGGGAGUUAUGGCUUUACUCGUAUUUAGAUGCGGCAAAUGGUUUGGUGGACAUGUUAAAUGGCUUAGAGAAGCACUGAUGAGUUUCAGUGAGGAAAAGCCAUUGUUCAGCUAAAUUUUUUCAAGACAUUAUUUGAUAGGCAGCAUUCCACAGACACCAAAAAUCAAGCUUUUGUUUGUGUUGGCUGGGUUGUGUGUGGCUGAUCUCUGUCCGAUUUAGUUGAACUCUUCAUGAGACAGAUCUGCUGUAGCGGAGGAAUAGGCAGAAGCUUCAGCUUUACUAUUGGGGCAUAUCUCCUUUGGCAUCAAGACUUUGUUUCUGAAAGAAACAAUUCUUUCAGAAUUUAGAAACAUAUUUAUUUGAGAACUUUCAGCUCUGUUGGGCAAAUCUCCUUUGGCAAAAAUUGUAAAAAUUUCCUUUGGUCAGGUGGACUUCCUAAGGGGAGAGUGUUUAUUAUCAUCAUUUGCAGCUCUUGCUCUGGGGAUCUCCUUCCAUGCUAGGAACUUCACUCUGACCUUCAAAUAAAACACCUGGCAAGUUUACCUCCUUGUUACUUGUGUGAGAAAUCUCCUCUGGAAGUUUUCUCCAGUGUAACCUCCUGUCCAUUUGGGCAAAUCUCCUUUGGCAUUUGGAGUCCUUUGUUGUCUCCACCGUCCCUUUAGGGCAAAUCUCCUUUGGCAUUUGAGUCAAAAUAUCCUCUUCAGGAUACAUGACUCACUAUUUCAAGUAGUAGAUUCUAACAGAAAACUAUAGUCAUAUCCUUGGCUGUGUCCUCUUUUGGGAUUGACUAUUAACUUACCAUCCCUAUUACAAUAUCUAUUUAGACUUGAGAGCUUAAGAUAAAUCAGGGCUGGCUUAUCUUGGAUUCAGUUUGUUCAAGCAGGAGUGAAGUUACUGGUGCAUACACUAUCUUUUGUGAUAUUUACUGUCUAGCAAAGAUCCUGCUUUUGAAGAUAGCAAAGGUUUGAAAGCAAAUUUCACACCAGAAAACAUUAUUUUUAUUACUGAGGCACUGAAAAAUGGAUGUGCUCCUUACCGAUUCUGACUGGGAAAGAUUUAGUGAAAGUGGCAGUAGUGAGGAACAGGAGGAAAUUGACUUUCUGUAUGGCGGCCAGGCUCAGAGCAUUCUAUCAAGUCUGGAGGAAAGCAUUGGAAAAAUUGAUGACUUUCUCUCAUUUGAGAGGGGGUUCAUGCAUGGGGACAUUGUGCGCUCUGUAACAGACCCAUCUGGGCAGAUGGGUAGAGUAACCAAUAUUAAUAUGUUUGUUGACCUUGAAAAUGCUCUUGGGAAAAUCAUAAAAGAUGUGAAUUCCAAAAAGCUUUUGAAGCUACGAUCCAUUUCAGUUGGGGAUUAUGUGGUUAAUGCAACUUGGAUAGGAAGGGUGGAUAAAGUAGUUGACAGUGUCUCAAUUGUCUUUGAUGAUGGGUCAAAGUGUGAGGUCACUGCAGUGGAUCAUGAGAAGCUUGUGCCUAUUUCUCCCAACAUAAUUGAUGACUCACAAUAUCCAUAUUAUCCAGGACAGAGAGUGCAGGUUGUGCCUUCAGAUUUUUCUAGAUCAACUAGAUGGUUAUGUGGUACCUGGAGGGGAAAUCAUGAGGAAGGAACCAUUUGUGGAGUGGAUGCAGGUUUGGUCUAUGUUGAUUGGAUUUCCUCUGCUCAAGUUGCUCAUGAUUUGAGUGCCUCCCCUCCCUCACGUUUGCAGGAGGCAAAAAACUUGACUUUGUUGUCAUGUUUUUCCCAUGCAAAUUGGCAGCUCGGUGAUUGGUGUCUCGCCAACUGCAAGGGGACGACUGAACAUUUUUUCCAUGCAUCAACUCAUGAUUUAAAUAAAGGUAACUGGAAAUUAGAAAAAGGAUUUAAAAGGGGAAACCUGGGUUCAAGAUUGGAGGAAAUUUUUGUUAUCGUGAAGACUAGGACCAAGGUUGAUGUUGUGUGGCAAGAUGGUACCUGUGGUUUGGGAUUAGAUUCACAGACUGUACUUCCUGUUGGUGUUGCAAAUGGGCAUGAAUUUUGGCCUGAUCAGUUUGUCCUGGAAAAGGAAACCAAUGGCAAUAGUCAAAGAUGGGGUGUGGUGCGUGGUGUGGAUGCAAAGGAACGAACAGUUAAGGUACAGUGGAGAAAUAUGGUUUUGAAUGAAGUAAAUGGUUUGGGUGGGGAGCUGAUGGAGGAAACUUGUAGUGCUUAUGAACUUGUUGAGCACCCAGACUACUGUUACUGUUAUGGUGAUAUCGUGUUUAAGGUGGUUCAGAACCAGUUUGGUGAUCAAGCUGAUAAAGGUCAUGUAAUCUUAGAAACUGGUUUGGGUACAGAAGCUGCUUUGAAAGGCAAGAACUGUAAUUGGGAUCAGAAGAAGUAUCCCAGUACAUAUUGUCUAUCCUGUAUUGGCAUUGUCAUCGGAUUUAAAGAUGGGGAUGUGGAGGUGAAAUGGGCUUCUGGUAUUCCAACAAAGGUUGCACCUUAUGAAAUUUACCAUAUUGAUAAAUAUGAAGUUUCAGCCACAACCCCUGUUCUCUAUGAAGAAAAUGCCGAGGUUUUCAGUCAAGAGAUGCCAGUGCAUGAGACGCAGUCUAAUAGCCACACAGGAAAGGAUUUGUUGAGUUUUGAUGGUACUGAUGAAAUUGGAAAAAAGUUCUCAUGGAUGCCUACUUCCUUCUUCCAUCCGCAAGCUGCUAUUGGAUUUUUCUCAAGCAUUGCUUCUAGCAUCCUAGGUUCCCUUGGUUCCAGAUCACUGUUAAGCCAAAAUUCAUCUGGUUGUAUGCCUCAUGAUGCCAAAGAAAUUGGCAUACUCUUUGAGAAAGAAGUAUUGGAAACUUGCAAUCACUGUGCUGAGCUAGAUCUGAGUGAGUUGCAGACAUUUGAAACAACAAACAUAAAUCAGGAAGUUGAAGAGAUUGAAGAAAACAAAGGUAGUAUGAUGCCAAGACCCAGUGAGACUUCACAUCAAUUUAGGCAGUUUGAUAUGGUUAGUGAUUGCUCAGAUCACCACUUUCUUGGUGAAAGCAAGGUGUUGGCUGUGUCUCAGGUGAAAAGAAAUUGGCUGAAGAAGGUUCAGCAAGAAUGGAGUAUUCUAGAGAAAAACCUUCCUGAAACUAUCUAUGUCCGUGUUUGUGAGGAAAGGAUUAAUCUACUUCGAGCAGCCCUUGUUGGUGCCCCUGGAACACCCUACCAUGAUGGGCUGUUCCUUUUUGACAUAUUUCUUCCACCAGAGUAUCCGUAUGAACCACCUUUGGUGCAUUACCAUUCAGGGGGGCUCCGCCUUAACCCCAAUUUGUAUGAAUCAGGGAAGGUUUGCUUGAGCCUUCUAAAUACAUGGACAGGUUCAGGAACCGAGGUGUGGAAUCCUGGAAGCUCCACUAUUCUGCAAGUUCUUCUGUCCCUCCAGGCUCUCGUGCUGAAUGAGAAACCUUAUUUCAAUGAGGCUGGAUAUGAUAAACAGUUGGGAAGAGCUGAGGGGGAGACAAACUCAGUGAGCUACAAUGAAAAUGCAUUCCUUGUCACCUGCCAGUCUAUGCUUUAUAUACUCCGCAAGCCACCCAAGCAUUUUGAGGCACUUGUCAAGGAGCACUUCAGUAGAUGCGCUGAAAAUAUUCUCUUGGCUUGCAAUGCAUACAUGGAAGGUGUGCCGAUAGGACGUGCUCUUGAAUGUGGCGGAAAUGGGCAUGAUGAAAACCUGAAAGGAAGUUCUACUGGGUUCAAAAUUAUGCUCGCUAAGCUUUAUCCAAAGCUUGUGGAGGCAUUUUCAGAUCAGGGAACUGAUUGCAGCCAAUUCUGUGGGCUGGAGAAGUGAAUGUGCUGCUGAGAUGCAAGUAAGACACAAAUGUACAUUACGAAAAAUUGCUAUCAUGUGAAUAGCUUUGUAUAAUAUUCCUCGCAGGAAUUCAAAAACAAAACCGAAUAAAAGAUUCCAAUAAAGAAAAAAAGCUCUGUAUAAUAUUGGGUUGUGCUUGGUGAAAGAUUGUAAUGUUUACCUCUUGUCUAUUACAGUCGGAAGCCAUGCUGAACAGGCUUGUGCUACGGCUGUACAAAACUGUUUGCAGAUAAUAAGAUUGUGUAAUAUGAAAGUGAUGAUCGGAUUGGUUUGCUUCAUA